UUACCUGAGAGCAGUCUUCCUACCACCUCCCCGAUCUUUCCUUUCACAAUUGUGUCAAAUAUCACCUCGUCCUCUUACGGUUCUUCUCUGCCACCCCGGAGUUUGAUUGCGCCAAUACACAGAUAUAUCCACGAUAACUCAGCAAUCAUGGCGGCCAACGGUACCUUCGCGAACCAGGAACAGCUGAAGGGUAAUAGCGAGCCCGCGCCCGCUGCCUCUGCUGAGACAACUUCCUCCGGCAACUCUAGCAACCUUAGCAAGGAUGAGGUCGGCUGGUACUUUGUCGAGCAGUACUACACUACCCUGAGCAAGACACCCGAGAAGCUUCAUCUGUUCUACGGAAAGCGGUCUCAGUUCGUUUAUGGGAAAGAAGCCGAAGUUGCUAGCGUCUCGGUUGGAAGAAGUGCCAUCCAAGAGCGCAUCAAGGAGCUUGAUUUCCAGGACUGCAAAGUCCGCGUCACCAACGUGGAUUCCAUGGCCUCCUUCGACAACAUCGUCAUCCAGGUUAUUGGUGAGACUUCCAACAGGGCCGGCGAGCCCCAGAAAUUCGCUCAGACCUUUGUCCUCGCCCCACAACCCUCCGGCUAUUUUGUUGUCAACGACAUCCUGCGCUUCAUUAGUGAGGAAGGAGAGGAAGAGGCCGCCCCCGAAACUCAGGAGGAGCAGGCGUCGAUCGCGUCCGCGCCGACCCCGGAGUCUGAAGUUCCGGCUGCCGCUGAGGCAACUGAGAAGGUUGCGGAGGAGCAGACUGAGGUUGAGGCCAUGGCUGCCGACAAGAAGCCCGAGGAAGCUGCGGCGCCGGAGGCUAUCCCGAAGCCAGCUGAGCCUACUGCCGAGCCUACCAAGCCCGAGGCUGUCCCUGAGCCUCAACCAGAGGCUGCGGCUCCCCCUACCCCCGAGGCCGCUGCCCGCGAGGUUGCCGAGGAGAGCGUAAAGGAAGCAGAGAAGCCCGCCGAACCCAAGCCGACUCCCGCCGCCCCUGCUCAGGCAGCCGAGAAGCCUGCGCCAGUGCCGGCCGUCCCUGCCAAGCCCAUGUCGUGGGCCAGCCGUGCCGCAGCUGCCCUUGGGGCCAAACCUGCCGUCCCCCUCCCGAAGACCGCCACACCUCCUGCCCAGUCCAAGGCAGCUGCUCCCGCCCCUGCUACGGCUCCCGCGCCUACCCCUGCUCAACAGCCGGCUUCCCAAACACAGCAGGCAGCCGAACCUAAGGAGUCCUCGCAGGGCGGGACUGAAUGGCAGUCGGUCACCGACUCCAAGCGCCAGAACCGCCCGCAGUCUAUCUCCGGAUCUCCUGCCGAGAACCCUGGCACCUUGGGCUACGUUAAGUACGUGACGGAAAAGGUCAAGAUGGAGGAUCUGAUGGCAGCUCUCGCUAGCCACGGCGAGCUCACCUAUUUCGACAUUAACCGCACGAAGAACUGCGCUUUCGUCGAGUUCGCCACCCCCGCCGGAUAUCAGGCCGCUGUAGCCGCUAAUCCUCACACUGUCAACGGUGAGAACAUCGUCGUUGAGCCUCGCCGCCUCAAAGCCGGCGGGUACACCGGCGGAAACUAUGGGCCUGGUCGAGGUGGUGCCGCCAACCGGGGACGUGGUGGCUACGACGGCCAGCGGUCCGGAAGCCAGGGCGGUGGCCGGGGAGGUUUCACUGGACAAGGUCGCGGUCGCGGUGGUGCUCCCCGUGGCCGUGUUGCCCCUCAGGCGACCAGCGCUUAAACCAAGCCCACCCUCCAAACGCUCUAUGCGGCAUACGUACGGCGCGGGAUCCUGCCAUCACCAUGGAUGUCCCAUAGGCGGAUCGAUCCUCCCCGGCCGACGAAGCAGCGUAUCAUGAACACGGUUUUCCCGAGACGAGGACCAAUGUUCUCUUUUGAUGACAUGGACGCCAGCAUCCUCCGCUCUGUGUACAUGGCGGUAUAUCCCUAAGCCUGUCAUCCUACAGGCAAAAAAGCUCGAUCCUUUAUGGGCCACUGUUUC